AUGGAGAUCGUCUGUCUACCACAACACAAUCGGUUGAAGGGUUUGGCCUUUGUCGACUCUAUUCAGGUUGCGGACAGAUGCGCGUGCGUGUCAACUUUCCUAUGCCUGGAAGGACUAGGCGUGCGGCGUCUGGGCUCACGCGGGUACGUGCUCGGGACGUCUCCUAUACGCGCGAGGAGUCCUGAUCAGGCGAGGAAUAGCGUAGUUUGUGUCAUACCGAUGGUAUGCGGCACGUUUCUUGGGGCGCGAGGAGUCCUGGUCGAUCGUGGAGUCCUGGUCGAGCGAGGAGUCCUAGUCGAGCGAGGAGUCCUGGUUGAACGAAGAGUCCUGGUUGAGCAAGUAUGUCGGCGGCGUGUAGUGGCCAGAGUAUUUGGAUCUUCAAGGUUUAUAAAUAUCACCUUAAAUCUUCUAAUGGAUUACCUAAACACCUACUUCGACUAA